AUGGCUGCGAGACUGAGGAUCGUACUAUUCAGCCCCGAACGUCAGUUUGCAAACGUCGAUGCAAUGAGCAGAAGGCCACACGUACUCCGAGCCUUUCUAUAUCUGUUCCUAGUGGUUGUUCAGUCAGCGUCCGACGACUCUGUCCGAUUGAGUGAGGGUCUUGGUGGACGCCACGGGACCGAAUUCUCCGAUGAGGCUUCAGUAAGUGCGGGACAAAUUAUUGGCUCAGUUACGAUUCGAGCAAACAAACAGGUGGAUGGGGUUUCAUUGGAAAUACUGGGCCCGAGGGCCACGACGUUUAUUCACGGAGGAAGUGGCGGGGAGGAACAUGUGCUCAAGCUUGGCGAUCAAGAGCAUAUUACGUCGAUGGAAGCGCAUUGGGGCGAGAGAAAUGGUCGCACACGGAUUUUCUACCUCAGUUUUGUAACGAGUGCCGAGAAUGUGGUCGCGGCCGGGUCUAAGACGACUGACAUGCAAACAAUCACUGCGCCAGAGGGGUUCCAACUUGGUGGCUUUUUCGGUCGAGGUGGCGACGAAAUUGACAUGUUAGGAGUGGUUUGGUCCCGUAUCUCGGCAGACGCCUCAGUAGAAGAGGCUCGCGCUGUGAUGAGUCCUGCUAUCUCGGCUCUUGAGUCGUUGGUUGCGACGAAAAGUGGCGUGUCGAGUACCCGGUCUUUGGAGACAUCUACAGAGGAGUCUACCGAUGGACCAUUGUCUGGGUCUCUGGUUCCAACAGAGUCUACUAGUGACUCUUCGUCGGGGUCUGUGGAUCUUGCAGAGUCUGCUGGCGAACCUUUGUGGGGGUCUGUGGAUCCAGAAAAGUCUACUGACGGUGGUGUUGCCGGAUCUACGGACGACAUGGAAGUUACAAGUCUGCAGACUGUUCAAGAAGAUUUGUCAGCAGUCGGCUUUGACCCAUCUACAGCUUCUGGCGAAGUUAUGGCAGCGGGAGACGCUGCGUCUUCUUCUACCACCGGUUCGAAGCAAGUAUCCUUGGACGCCACAGCGGUGGGAUUGACUGAACAUUCGGCACCAGUAUUUGUAGAAGAUUUAGUAGCAGCAUCAGAAGAGGGCUCAGCAGCUGGAGAUAUUCGAUCAUCAUUAGCCGAUUCGACGGAAGCGCCCGAUGCAACAUCAACUGAAGGCUCAAAAGUGUCUUUCGAUGAGACGUCUGUAGCGGCGUUGGGCGCAGUGGCGCUCGCAGCUAAAGAUACCAGCUCAUCACAAGCAGAGUCGACGGAAGCGCUCGAUGUAACGUCAACUGAAGGCUCGGGAUUUACAUUGGAUGAGACAUCAGCAGCGACAUCGGAAGAGAACUCUGUAGCUGGAGACGCGAGCUCAUCAUUAGCCGAGUCGAUGGAAGCGUCUGAUGCAAGGUCAGCGGAAGGCUCGGGAGUGUCAUCCGUUGCGAUGCCUGAAGCGAAUGCUAUGGCUGGUUCAUCUUCUGCUGAUACAGCGGUUCCUCCAGUAGAAAGCGUUGCUCCGUUAGGCCCGGUAAUGGCUGUGAAAGACUCCAUUGUACUGAGCGAAAGUUUUGGUGGACCUCAUGGAAGAGACUUCUCAGACAAGAAUUUGGUCAAUUCAGGACAAACUGUCAAAGCCAUUUCGAUUUAUGCUAACAAGCGUCUUGAUGGUAUCUCACUGAGUAUAUCAGCACCCAAGACACUUACUUUUACCCAUGGCGGAACUGGAGGAAACCGACAGGAACUGGUCCUAGGUAAGGACGAGUACGUUAACUCGAUGGAAGUCCACAGGGGAAAAAAAGAUGGCCACACGCGAAUAUUUUACGUGAGCUUCCUUACGAGCGCAGGUAGAGCGUUGUCUGGGGGCUCAGUGACAGAUGAUAAGCUCACGGUAACAGCACCCGAAGGCUUUCAGCUAGCCGGUUUUUUCGGCAAGGACGGUAAAGAGAUUGAUGCGCUGGGAGCAGUAUGGGCCUUCAUCGAACUUGUUAAGCCCGCUCCUGUGCCAGUCCCCGUUUCAAUACCAGCUGAAGAUUUACCAGGCACAGUAAGUCCUGUCGACAUAGCUGGAAGCUUGUCAGAAGUGAAAGCCAAGGUCAAUGAGCAAGCCGUUCAGCUGAGCGAUUCAUUUGGUGGUCCUCACGGGGAACAGUUCUCGGAUCACCUUGCUGUUACGUCUGGGAUGACCAUUACUUCCGUUACAAUUCGUGCCGGUAAGCGUGUUGACGGCCUCACGGUCCAAGUGUCUGCACCGAAGGAAAUGACUUUCACUCAUGGAGGGCGCAAUGGUAAGGAACACACCAUGGUGCUUGAACCAGGGGAAUACAUUACAUCUAUGGAGGCCCACUGGGGUCAAAAGAGUGGUCACACUCGUAUCUUUUUCCUUAGCUUGGGUACGAGCAAAGGGAACGUAUUGUCUGGGGGAUCGCAGACUACUGAAAAGGGGUCAGUGACAGCGCCUAAAGGCUAUCAACUUGCCGGAUUUUUUGGUCGGUACGGUGACGAAAUGGACCUUAUUGGUGCCGUCUGGUCAAGUAUUGCAUUGAUGAACGAGACCGUCUCCACUCCAGUUUCGGCAGACGACGACAUUGCACUCAGCCAGCUUUUUGGUGGUCCUCACGGCAAUGCCUUCUCGGACAUCCAGAAGAUCAAGUUUGGCCAGACUGUUAGUGCGAUCACUAUUCGAGCAAACUUGCGGCUUGACGCUGUAACGGUGCAAAUUUCCGCGCCCGCUGAAUUAACACUGAACCACGGUGAUCAUGGUGGUACUGAGAAGACGCUUGCUCUCGGUCCAGAUGAGGUCAUCACGUCAGUGGAAGUGCAUUGGGCCAAGAAGUCUAAGCAUACGGCCGUGUUUUAUGUUUGUUUCACAACCAGCGCUAACAAUACGCUUGCUGGAGGAACUAAGACGGAUAAUAGGGGUACUGCGACACCUCCUGAAGGAUUUGUGUUCAGUGGGCUCUACGGACGCGCUGAUAACGGAGUGGAUCAACUUGGUGUAAUUUGGACGAGAAAAACGGCAAAGAACCUGCUGCUUACGGACCCUUCGGGUGUGGGAAACAACACAUACGGCACAACUAUUCGUAACUGGGUGGGUCCCGCCAUCGGCAAAGCUGGUGACACAGCGUGCUACCGUAAGUCGGUUAAUUUUGACAGCAACAAUAUUUGCCCGUUAGGCUAUGACAAGGACGAUACCGAAUGCGUUGUGCAGUGUCCGAUGGCCUUCCCGGUUAAGUGUGGUCUGGAGUGUAUUCCCCAAAAUGAUGACUGUGCCCUCGCGGUAAUGCAAAAAAUUGGCGCUGCUGUCACUGUGGCAAUCAACCUAGCUACCGGAAACUUGCUUGGCACUCUGAAGGCUAUUUAUAAAACCACAAGGUGGGCCGCUUUGUGCGUACUCAACAUGGUCAAUGUGAUCAGAGGCCUGAUUUACUACUUACGAUAUCGACAAACUACCGGGCCUGUAGGCGAUACAGCAGAGAUACUGACUGCUGCCUACCAGACUGAUCUUGUUGUGUAUGAUCUGCCCGUAGCAAUAUGCACGUGUCUCGGUAUAGAAGUCCCCAAAACUUUCAAAUUUAUGUCCUACGUGCUCGUCAUCGUGGAAGGUAUCGUGAAGCAAGCGAUCACCAACGGCGACACAAUCAUUUCGAGUGCAGAGAAUGUGAUGAAACUACUCACUGGCACUGGUGUAGCGAACAAGUCACGGACGACGGUGGACGAACUGGAAGACCUCGUUGCCAAGAACACAAGCUGCGGUUGGAACCUCAAGCGUCUUACUGAUCGUGUCACCCGCGCUGUUCUCAGGUACCGGAACGUAAGUACUUCUGUCGCCGACCUUCGUGUGAAGGUGUAUGAGACCCCGAUCGUGCUGAACGAUAUCCCUGUGAUCACGAACAAUUGCAUGGGCGAACUUUUGGCCGCCAAAACUAUGGCGAUGGCGUACGAAACACGCGAUUUGAUUCGAAGGACAUUUGGGGUGAUUGUCGACCAGCUUAUUGAAAAGGGUAAGACCGACAACGGCAAGGACGUCGCGGAGGAUGAAUAUGCGUUGGAGGUGGCCAACAUGGGUCUCGUUGUGCUGUCCUGUGUCGACCCAAGUGGGAUCGCAUACCUUACUUCACAACUUGUACAGCCAGUCUGUGGACCAACCGCAUACUUGGGCGAAAUCGACGAUGGCACGCUGUACGACGCACUGGGGAUGACACUGAUGGACGAGGCAUUUAUAGGUAGCUACGGAUCGUAUACGCAUGCGGGUGACGGUGUUAUUCAUCUCGUUUUCGAGAGCGUUGACACGAAGGACGUGACAGUCGUCAUUCAUUCAGGCGGAGAAGAGUACGGCGAGGUUGACGUUGGUGCAGGUGACAUCGUUGUUUGGGAUGCCACUUUUCCAGAGCUGGAAGACAAGACUAUGUAUUUGGAUCGUUGGCGUCCUGGUCUCCUAGGUCUGCCUGGUUCAGGAGGUGGUUCGUUGUUGCUCUGGAUUCCUCGAUCGUCAGAGGGCGGUCACAUCACUCUGCACGUGCGGAUUAACCCAUCGUAG